AUGGAUGAGCUCCCACAAAAUAAUGUUGGUAACUAUAGUGGGAAGCGCAGGGGUAGGAAACCAAAUGGUUUGGGAAAACAUGCUGUCAAGGAUUCCAAUGGCGAUGGCAAUGCCUAUGUUGUGGAGGUUUCUAAGGCACAAAACAAUGAUGGUAAAUAUAGCGGAAAGCGCAGGGGUGGGAAACCAAAAGAAUUGAGAAAUGAUGCAGUUAAGGACUCUAAUGGCAGCUGCAAUGGCAGGGCUUCAGAGGCAAAGGAGAAUGAUGGUGAGACACCACAAAAGAAUGAUCACAUUCACCCUCCAUCUGGCAUAGAAAUAAAGGUAAAGGAGGAGAUUGAAGAGGAUGAUGACGAUGCACUCUGCAAAAGAAGGCAAAAGGUUCCAAGUUUGAAUUUGGAACAUUAUUGGCAUGAUGAUAAAGCCAAUGCAACGAAAUACACAAAGUACAGAGAAAAACUCAUGCAAGAGCUGGAGAAGCCUUACUGUGAGGAAGAGUAUAAGAAGCUUUUUAAAUAUAUGAAACAUAGAAAGCUAGUCGAAUACCAUAAAGAGCAUCGCAGCGGCCCUAGGACCUGUAAGAGAAAUUAUCUUGGGAAAUCUCUUCUUAAUCAUCAUGUUGGUCUGAACAAAAAACUAAAAUCAGUUAGUGGUGAUUAUCCUAAACGUCUGACCCUCUUACGUGGAUUUGUUUUUUGGUUGACGGUAUGUGAAAAUGUUGGUCCAAUAGUCCAAAAUUAUAACUCUUAUUUUCUCGAUAGACUGUCAGAAGAUUAUUGCUGGUCUAUUUUUGCGGAUAAUUCAUCCUUUCCUGAAUCAAAUGGGAGUACAGAACUGGAAGGAAUAGGUAGAAUGAUUGUCAAGAAGUGUGAUGGAUUGCCCUUAGCUGCAGAAACACUUGGACGCUUGUUGCGCUCCAAGCAUGAUGUUAAGGAAUGGAAUAAAAUACUAUCGAGUGACAUUUGGGAAUUUUCUGUGACAGACAGCAAGGUUGUUCCUGCAUUAUUAAUAAGUUACUAUCAUCUGCCUGCACAUUUAAAACGCUGUUUUAUUUAUUCUUCAUUGUAUCCAAAAGAUUAUCAAUUUGAUAAAAAUGAAUUGAUCAUGCUAUGGAUGAGUGAAGAUCUUUUACGACAACCAAAGGGGGGAGAGACUUUAGAGGAAGUUGGUUGCGAGUGUUUUGAUGACUUGGCUUCAAGACUAUUUUUCAAGCAGGUCGACGAUGAUGAUGAUAAGUAUUUUGUGAUGCACGAUCUCGUGCAUGACUUGGCUUUUCUUGCUGAGAAUUUUAUUGUAGAUUAUCAGAAGAACUUGGUGAAAAGAAAGAGAUGA